AUGCAAACCAACUCUUCCACAAUGCCAAAACGAGGCUGUCCUUCUAAGUCAUCUUUAAAAAAUAAGCAAAUAGCUGAAUCUUCAACAUCUAGACAAAAAACUACUUUAGUAAAAGCAAAACAAAGCCGUUCUUCUAAACCUUCUUUGAAAAAAAAUACUUUGAGAGAAAUAACUCCUCAAGCAAAUGAUAAUACUUUUGAAGAUGAAAAUGAAUCAACAUCUCAAGAAGAUAUUUUAAAAAUUUUAGAAGAUAUGCAAGAUGAUAAUGAAGA